GGAGUCCAUCCGCUUCAUCUGCCAGACAACCACCCCUCACUGCUUACCCCAUCUUCUGAGUCUUGAUCUCCAUCUUGGCCAGCACAGACAAUGCCUCCCAACCUCACGGGCUACUACCGCUUUGUCUCACAGCAGAACUUGGAAGACUAUCUGCAGGCUCUCAACAUCAACGUGGCUCUGCGAAAGAUAGUGAUGUUACUGAAGCCAGACAAGGAGAUUGACCACCAGGGCGACCAUAUGGUCGUGAAGACCAUCAGCACCUUCCACAACUACGUUAUGGAAUUCGAGGUGGGCGUUGAGUUUGAGGAAGACCUAAGGAUCGUGGAUGGGCGAAAAUGUCAGACCAUAGUAACCUGGGAGGAGGAGCAGCUUGUGUGUGUCCAAAAAGGAGAGGUCCCCAACCGGGGCUGGAGACACUGGCUGGAGGGAGAGAAGUUGCAUCUGGAGCUGACUGCCAGGGAUGCAGUGUGCAAACAGGUCUUCAGGAAGGUCAGAUAGCCAAAGAGGAGCUGAGGACCCUCCAGAAAGUUCUGGUCCGGAUCCAUCUUGCCCGU